AUGAUGCAAAUCCCGCAGCAGCUCGACCUCCUUGCGAAUGGGCAUGAGGUGACGCUGUUUGAGUCGCUGGCUGAAGUUGGCAUGGGUGCGCAUGCCCACACGGUGGAGACGGCGGACGGCCAGGUGACGGUCGACGUGCCGUUCCGGGUCUUCAACGAGCGACACUAUCGCAACUUUGCGGCCAUCCUGACCUCACUCGGCAUCGAGUGGGAGAUGUGUAACUACGCCGCGUCGUACUCGGCUCUCGAGUCGGGCGAGGUCUACUUUCGCUACGCCAACUGGCUCAUCGGCGCCUUCUCGCUCCCGUAUCUCCCUUUUGCCUCGCUCUUCUCCACUUCGGGCUGGGCCGUCGCCAAGGACUUUUACAGGUGGAUCUCGUCGGCCAAGCUAGAUCUUGACGCCGGCCGCCUCGACGGCCUGACCAUGGGCGAGUACCUCGACAGCCGCGGCUACUCGGACCUCUUCCAGCACCGCGUUUUCUUCCCCAUCAUGGCCAUCAUCAUGACCUGCGACAUCGAUUCCAUGCGCCAGUACCCGGCAGACAUGGUGGUUGGCGCCUUUACUAAUGGCCGCGGCCGCGGCGUCAAACGUGCUCUCGGCGGAACAGACGCCAUUGUCGCCGCCCUCUCCGCCAACAUCGCCAACGUCCAUUGCUCCGCCGCCGUCACCGCUGUCAAGCGCGGGUGCACCGAGACCAAGCCCGUCGUUGAGUUCUCGAUCGCCGGCGGCGACGCCCAGUCUGUCGAGUUUGACCAUGUCAUCAUCGCCACCCAGCCCGAGCACGUCCUCAAGCUCCUCCAGGACCCCUCGCCCGAGCUCAAGAGCAUCCUCUCGCUCUGGGGCUCCGAAACCUCCGACGUUGUCGUCCACACAGAUCCGUCACUCAUGCCCGCCGACCGCUCCGCCUGGUCGCCCAUCAACGUCCUCCUCUCUGACUCGGGCUCGCCGCGCCCCAUGGCCACCAUGUGGCUCAACCAGCUCCAUCCCGCUCUUGCCCACCACGAGGUCAACAUCUUCCAGACCUGGAACCCGCUGGCAAAUCCGGCGCCCGACUCAGUCAUCACCUCGUCCACCUUUUCACGCCCAGUCAUGUGCCCCACCGCAAGCAAGGCUGCCAACGGCCUCUCUGCCCUGCAAGGCGACGGCGGCGUGUGGAUGGCCGGCUCCUACGCCCGUUACGGCCUGCCGCUCCUCGAGAACGGCGUCUGUUCUGCGCUUGACGUUGUUUCGCGCAUGGGCGUUCCGCUCCCAGACUUUGUUGACAUCCCCGAGCCGUACGGCGCCGCAUCCGUCCCGCCGACGCGCUCGGCGCUCUGGCUCGUCACCAAGGCCCUCGUUGUCGUCUCCACCCUCGCCGCCGCCACCGUCACCGGCCUGCGGUGGCGCGCGAAGCUGCCGCUGCUCCCAGCCUCGCUCACUGCCCCUCUGUCGUGAGCUGUCCGUUCCAGCGGUAGAGCAUUGCCCGUGAGCUCGAGACCGCCCCAAGCAGCAGCCCGCCGUAGCCGUCACUCUCCACCCGUGUGUCGAGGACCGGCGAGGUGUGACCAGACGCAAGCUCUUGCACCAUCUGCUGCCUGGCCACGUCCCACACCUGGACUGUUUGCGCCGCCUCGUUGCUCACUGCAGCAAACUGGCAACCCCCGAGUGUAAAUAGCGACGGCCGUGCCAUCACCCGCGCCGACGCCGGACCAGGGAGGGUCGUCUGCGACUGCCACGCGAGCGUCGCUUGCUC